AUGUCUGUACGAUACAAGUGUCAUGUUUCAAACUUAGCAUCUCUUCCUCUUUCUCUCAGGACGUUAUGGAGAAAGGGAAAGAGUGGACUGGAGCACUGGGGAAUAGGAGCUGCCCAGCGUGUUCGAUGCCCCCAUUCAGAGGUUGGAGCUGGUGACUACAGCCUGUACAUAAAGGAGGUGAGGGAGGAGGACAGCGGAAAGUACACCUGCAUGGUGCAGGAUGGCGAGAAAAACCUCUCUAAGAGGAUCCUCCUCAGGGUCAUCAAAGUAUCCAUCUCCCCACCUGCUCCAGUGGAGGGCAACAAAAUGACAAUCACUUGCAGUGUCUCUCCGUGGCCACAGGAGGCGACAGUGAGCUGGAUGCUCAACGAGAAGCAAGUUUACCCUGACAGUGCAGAUUAUGUCCUUUCAAAGAACCAGGCGAGCGUUUUGGAGAGCAAGGCAUCUGCAGGCAUGAUGGGUAACUGGAGCUGUGUAGUGCAUAAAGGGAGGAAACCAGGGAAGGCCACCACGGCCCUGACAGUGAGAGGUAUCGUUAACCCCUCCAGUGCCAGUGCCAAGGUGUAUGCUGAGGUGGGGUCUGCUGUCACCCUCCCCUGUGUGUUCUCCACUGGACUCACCCCAUCAGACACAGUCUGGGAGAGACUGGACACCUCUGGCUCUGCUCUCCCACUCCCACCCUCCUUCAACCUGUCCUCCCUGCUAUCCCUCCCUCUCUGGGACAGGUCUGUGGGUGUGGGGCAAGUGGGGCAGGGGGACGGGGGCAGGUACAGGUGCUCAGGGACAGUGGAGGGGCGCCGGGUAACCAGGGAGAUGCAGCUGGUGACUGCCCAAGGUGAGCCAGGCAUAGAAAAUGGAUGA